GCCAAGAUUGGGAAGGAGGAAUCAAGUCCAGUCGGUAGUGGAAAGGUGACAGAGCAUCAGGACUCGCCAGUUUCCUUCUUUGCCGGUUACUGGGCUGAGGUCCCUUCACAGCUGAGAGCUAGCAUCUCCGUUUGCUUGUCUUUUGGAGGAAGAGGCUGGGGGAAACACCUGAACAUGUGGAAUCCCAAUGCUGGGCAACCAGGGCCAAAUCCAUAUCCCCCUAACAUCAGGUAUCCUGGAGGUUGCAAUCCUGCCCAUCCACCACCUGUCAAUCCAGCCUUUCCUCCUGGCCCCAUUCCUGCUCCCCCAGGAGUUCCCCAGGGAAAUCCAGCUUUCCCUCCAGCUGGGCCUCCUCAUCCUGUGCCACAGCCAGGGUAUCCAGGAUGCCAACCCCCAAGUCCCUACCCUCCUCCAUACCCACCACCUGCUCCUGGCAUGCCUCCUGUGAAUCCCUUAGCUCCUGGCAUGUCAGGACCAGGAAUGAUGAAUGACAAGAAGAUGAGGAAGAAAAUGAAGAAAGCUCAUAAAAAGAUGCACAAACACCACAAGCAUGGCAAGCAUUCCUCCUCCUCUUCCUCCUCUUCCAGCAGUGACUCUGACUGAAUACAGGGCCUGGACCCUUCCCUCAAGUCUCACCAGUUCUGCUCUCCCAUCAAGCUUCAGAUAUCAUGUUGUACUGGUGGAAAUUACCCCUUGCACCUCCUACCCCCAUCUGAGCCUCACUCUGCUGUUCAGCCCUGACUGGCUAGGGAAAAUGGGAAAAAGAUUGUUAUGGGCUAGCAAAGGCUGUCUCUUCUUGCUGCUUGAAUAGAUCUUAUAGCUGAUGAUUUUAGCAGGGGAACUAUUUCUUGAAGAUGGUGAGACCUUUGAGCUAAAUGCUGAAGACAAGUUUAAGAUCUAUAAAAUGCAAUUUUUUUUUUUUUACUUCCUUUUGUAAUACUUGUGGUUGGGAGGUGUUGUGGAAAUUUAACUGUGAAGAAAAAACUACCUUUUUUGUAAUGUUUGGCACACUUGGGCAAUUAGUGGGAAGUAUACUUCCCAGCAGAACUUUUAUUGGUUAUACUAACUGCAGUGUUCUUGGGAGGUAGAUCCAUGUGGUUGAUGAGCUCUGUCAUAUUGGAACCUAGUCUCUACUCCUUAGCUCAAUAUGAGAUUUCAUGUCCUACUUUCAUUAUCCAACUCUCAGUCCAAAUAAAGCUAUGUCUCCUGGUCUCUGUUUA